UUUUUCAAACCCUAAACCCUCUCUCCCUAUUCUACGAACUCUGAACAUGUUCAUAGGUGAUAGCUCAUUUGUGUGAAGCCUUUUUUCAUGAAAAUGACCUACACCAAGUUUAUAUUUUUUUUUUCUCAUAACCUUGUCACAUGUGACGGCUAUGUGCGCAAGAAUUACAACAUUUUGAUUUUUUUUGAAUUUUUUAAAAACAUUUGAACUUGAUUUCGAAAGAUCACUUCAAAAAAUGUUUUUUCAAAAAAACGCCCCUAUACCGAGUUUAUAUUUUUUAUGGUAACUAGGUCUCAUAAACGGACGAACUACGUUUGUUUUAUAUUUUUGCGAUUUUUUCUAAUUUAGUUAUGGCCAUUUGAAAUCUGGUCAAACCCUAAUAACCCCGUUGACUCGCUCAUAACCCCACAGAAAUGCUCCAAACCCUAGCGUCGAACGUCCGCCGUCGGAUCCUACCAAGCGCCAAACACCACCCGUCAGAUGUGGGGCAGGCAUGCGCGAUCCGCGUGAUGCAUCUUGAUUGGCUACUACACUGUCCUUCUCGGGUUUUUACGAUCUGCCCCACUUUACAUAUGAAAUUGUAUUUUUCGCACAUGACCACCACAUGUCAGUGUUAAGAGUUGGUUCAAAUAUUCAAACUACAAAAUACAAUGUGGCAAAUCGUCAAUAUAGCUUCCCCUUCUCCUCUUCUCCAUCUGACAGACAAAGGCAUCGAGCAGAUAUCGGGCAAUUCCUCUGUUUCUUUCCCCAUCUUCUCGUUCUUCUUCCUCUCGAGCAAUUCCUCUGUUUCUUUCCCCAUCUUCUCGUUCUUCUUCCUCUCGAGCAAUUCCUAUGUUUCUUUCCCCAUCUUCUCGUUCUUCUUCCUCUCGAGCAAUUCCUCUGUUUCUUCCUCUCAGGCGAUAUGUCGACCUCCUCGUCAGCCCCCCGUUCCACGUGGCCGGUGUAUGGUCCAGUGCCGAUGACUCGAUGCACUGACUGCCCACGGACUGCGCCACUGAAGCGGUUGACUUCGAAGGAGGAGAAGAAUGGGAACUUUGGGCGCGAGUUCGUCAAAUGCGAGAGCAAGCCGGAGGGGCAGAUCGUGAAGAAAUGCCACCAUUUCGAGUGGAUGGAUGAUUACAUCCAAAGGCUUCAAGGGUUGGGCUUGCUGGAUUCGAGGGGGAAUGCAAUCCGCGAGUUCAAUCUGCCCCAUGACAAUGCCGCUCCGGCAGCAGCAGCGCGUCCGGAAUACCCGACGGUGGUAGAUGUCGAACUGAAGACGGAAUUGAAGAAGAUGAACAAGAACUUCAAGCAGCUAAUUGAGUUGAAGAAGCAACCCAAUCUGAUAGCUUUAGGAAUACUUGCUCUAGGAAUUUUUUACUUGAUGGCCAUCUCUCGUUAGAGAUGUUUGUCUACUGUUGUUGCCACUGUUUAGCAAUCCAAGUCUGUUUAUCUCAAAUGCAACUCUGUUUAGUGCAA